GAAUCUUCACGAUGUUUCGCGAAGUUUCGUGAUUUUCUGAAUCUCUUUUAUGAUUCUUUCUUGAAUUUAAACUUAUUUUCUUUGCUUUUUCUCUCUUUGAUUUUGUUUUAAUUAUGUUUUAAUUUUGUUAAAUUGAUUGUUUUUUUAAGAAAUUAUACAGACAGCAAAAUAAACUAAAAAAUGUAAACAAAAAAGAAUCAAAACAAUUUGAUUCUCAGAACGCAGAUGGCGCAUGAAUCACCCCUUGGUUGUCAAGCAAGAUGGUGGAGUAGAAAUUUUCACAAGUGCCAGUGCAUUGGACAAGGUAGCAAUUUGAUGUGUUUUUCUGGACAUUUUCGCGGGGGAUUUUAGCUAAUUUUGACAAAAAGUGUUUGUGAAGUGAGUGCACACUUGUUUUACCCUAAGAUUCUCCAUGUGGGAGGCACAGAAGGCCUCCAGUGCGACGGUGUGUUGGUAGUAUGAUAUCGCGAUUCCAGACCUUGAUGGGGUGCUCCUCAAUAGCACUCGGUGAGGCUCCUCGUGACGAUCAGGCGUGCUCCGGCCGGGGGGAUUGUCUCAAUGGCACCUGCCUCUGUGAGAUUCGCUACAGCGGUGAUGAGUGUUCCACCUUCAAUUUGCCAUACCACGCAGGUGUCUCGUCGAUUUUCUACUUCGUGGCUCUCGUGUCGCUCAUUCAGCUGCUCAUUUGCAUCGUAGCAGAGUAUCAGAGGCUCAAACAGCCCUCCUUCCUGCGCGCUUGUCGUCUCACAACGCAGAAGCUUCUCUACUUCUUCGUCUUUGUGGCUGCUCUCCUGCGGGGAGCUUAUUUCACAACACCAGAAAUUCUUCAACCAGUAUGGGCAUCUACACUGAUGUCAGCAUACUAUCCACUCCUGAUGACGUGCGCCUCACUGGUGGUUUGUCUCUGGGCAGAGAUCUUCCAUUUGCGUGACAUUCGAUGGGAGAAAUCGCAGUUCCUCUCCAAGAGUUUUCUUGGAUUUAUGGCAUUCAAUCUUCUUCCAUACAGCCUCCUAGCAGCGGAGGUUCUCUUCUCCCAGUUAAUCACAGAUCGUAACACAUAUUCGCACAUCUUCAAUGGCUGCUAUGCGGCACUUCUUCUCAUUGUCGUCGUCUUCUUCCUCAUCUACGGCGUUGAGGUUUUCUUCAAAGUCCGCGGGGGCUUUGUGUAUGACUUUGGGAAUCUCCCAAGUACACAGAAUGUCAAUGCAUCACAACUGCACCAAUCACGUUUUGGGCUACUCAGUCAGGCCAUCAUGCUCAUCGUCAUUGUUGGGUUCCUCACGUCAGAGACUCUCGGGGACUUUUGGAAGAAAAAGGUUCCAGUUUAUUCGAGGAAUUGGCAUGAUAUUGUGUUCCGUCUGGUUGAGGUGGGGGUGGCUCUUUGGUUCCCAUGCUGCCUGUGGAAUUCCAUGGCGCCCGAGCAGCUGUGGAUUCUCAAUCCGAAGAAGCUGCUGAGUAGGCAGAUUGAGCCAGUGGCGAGUACGUCACAGGGCACAGCGAAGGCAACGGAAGAAGGUCAGGCGGCAUUGCUGAAGAAGGAUUGUUGGAUUUGCUAUGAUCCCGACAAGACAGAGCCACUCAUUCAGCCGUGCAAAUGCACCGGAGAUGUGAGUUCGGUGCAUCAUGAAUGCCUAAGGCGGUGGCUUGUGGAGAGUUGCUCAAAGUCCGAUGAUGUCCUGCUAAAGUGCAAAGUCUGUGAUUCACCCUAUGAGGUCAAAAGGACAAAUAAAUUGGACUGGGAGAAGGGAUUUACGGUGCAACAUUGGGCUAAGACAGUCAUCCUUGUGACGCUGAUGUGCAUCACGGGGGCAAGUGCAUGGGUAAUCAUACAGCUAUACGUUGAUCCCAUUGUGCGUGUCCUCACGGCGGGUUUUGCCGUCAUAAUUGGGUAUGUUUGCGUAAAACUUUUGGGUGAAAACACCUUCACGGCGUACCAAAGGGCAAAAGUGAGUUCCAUUAAUAUUGUCACGAGUGAAUUGGACGUGACGGAGAAGCUCAAUACCAUCUGCCAGGAUGUGACGUGCAACUGAGAGAGCCGGACGACUGAGCAAGUCAAUUAAGUACACCUUUUUUUCUUUUCUUUCCUUUAAAUCAUUUAUUUUUUAUUCUUUUGAUAUUAUAUUAUGCAAAAUCGUGAAAAUCACGAUGGAAACGAUAAGGGGGAUCGCAUCCCCUUUUGGCUUGAAUUUUAUGUGGUACAAAUUUAUGAUUUUUCCCCCAAAAAAAAAACUAGAAAUUCCGACAGAGAUCGGGAUUUCUAAUUGCUUUUAAGUUUAUUUUUUUUCUUUCAAAGUGAUGCUAAAAAAAAUUAGGAGAAAGAAAAAGUAUUUUCAAAAUUUCUUUACAAAACAAAAAGAAGAUUGUUAAAUGAAAUAUUUGGCCAAGUUAUUCCAUCCCCUGCAAAAUGAGGGAUUAAUGAAAAUCCUAUUAAAGAAAAAAACAAACUAUUUUAUCUCCUAAAUAGUGGAUUAAAUGUCGUAGAUUUUAAGUGAAGAAAGAAGAUUUUUUGUGAAAAAAAAGAAAGAAAAUUAAUCAACUAUUUACUCGAAGAUAAGAAAUUUGUGGCAUUUUGCUUCCAAAAAAAAAAAUAAAAUUCAUUCGCAAAAUGUUGCAAAAAGAAGAAUGAAUAGAAGAACCUUUUAAACCCUAAAACAUGAAGAAAAUGAAUAAAAUCAACUCCCUGGUAGGUGAUCAUUUAGAGAAGGAGACUCCCCUCAAGUAGAAGCUACUUGUUAGUAAUUUAUUAUUAUAAUUUUUUUUACUUUAAAAAAUAUAUUUUUUCCUUUCAUGCACGCUAAAUUCCCAAAGUUUUUUCGUUCUUUCUUUUGCCAAUAAAUUAAUGAAAAAAAAUAUAAAUAUUUCCUUAAAAUAAAAAAAAAACUUUCUUUAAAAGAAAAUUUUUGAAAAAAAAAUCCCUCAAGCACAGUAAUUUAUUGGAAAAUUAAAAAGAAGAAUAAAGUAAUUAUUAUAUACCUACCUUUAGAAAAUAUAGAAUGAGAAUAAAUAAAGAAGAAAAAGGAAGCAAGAAUGGUUAAAUUAAUGAAAUUCUUUGAGUUGUGAUUUUUUUUUCGUUGAAUGUAAGAGCAAGAAAAAAAUAUUUUUCAUUUUUUUUUACUAUUAUUACCUAUAUUUUAUGAGUCACAAAUGCGAGUUUACAAACAAAUAAAUUAAUAAAGAAAAAAAAUGUAGGAAAACUCGCGGAAACUUUUUUGUGUGGUUAUUGUACUCCUUUAAUCAAAUAUACAUGAAAAUGUUUUAUUAAAAAUGAAUGAGUAAGUAGAACAAUUGA